AAGUGACGCCACGGGCACAAGUGGCGCCGGAGCGGAGCAGGCCGGAGCGGGGCGCGCACAGCAUGGCGGAAGCGGAAGGGAGUUCUCCGCUCCUGUUGCUGCCGCCACCGCCCCCUCCCGGGAUGGCGGAAGUGGAGGCGCCGACGGCGGCCGAGACGGACAUGAAGCAGUACCACGGCUGCGGCGGCGUAACCAUGGAUGUGGAGCGGAGCCGCUUCCCCUACUGCGUGGUAUGGACGCCCAUCCCGGUGCUCACGUGGUUUUUCCCUAUCAUUGGCCACAUGGGCAUCUGCACAUCCACAGGAGUCAUUCGGGACUUCGCUGGCCCCUAUUUUGUCUCGGAAGACAACAUGGCCUUUGGAAAGCCUGCCAAGUACUGGAAGUUGGACCCUGCACAAGUAUACGCUAGUGGGCCCAAUGCAUGGGACACAGCUGUGCAUGACGCCUCUGAGGAGUACAAGCAUCGCAUGCACAAUCUCUGCUGUGACAACUGCCACUCACAUGUGGCAUUGGCCCUGAACCUGAUGCACUACAACAACAGCACCAACUGGAACAUGGUGACACUCUGCUGCUUCUGCCUGCUGUAUGGGAAAUACGUCAGUGUUGGGGCCUUUGUGAAGACCUGGCUACCCUUCGUCCUCUUCCUGGGCAUCAUCCUGACCGUCAGCCUGGUCUUCAAUCUGCGGUGAUGGCUGCAGGUGGCCCUGAACCUUCCAGGCUCCCAAGGAAGCCGCUCUCACCCGUUUUACUCCCAGAUUCUUUCUCCUUGCCCCCAAACGCAGGUUUGGCCUGCUGGGUUGGAUGUGGGGUCUGGGCUUGGUGGAAUGGAAAGGCUGAAAAUGAACACAGGGUUCGGCUGUCUGCCUGUGUCUUACUGGCCACUCAGAAGCUCCCUGUCCCUUCCCUGGGCUUGGGACCCCGCCCUUGCGGCACCUCCUCUUUCUGGGAGGCCUUACCUCCCUUAGAGCUCUUCCUGCCACUGCCACUGUGCUCCUCCUGCCACAAUCCAAGGACUGAUGCAAACAGACCUAUCAGAUGAGCCAGGAUGAUGACUAGAGCUGGACUAGGAACCUGACCUCUGGCCAAUAGUUCUGUCCCGAGAUGGGGUGGCAUACACUGAAAAGUCUGGAAGCCAAGUUGUCUGGAGGCUUCCCCAAGCCUAGAACGGUUCACAGGGGCUGGAUGGGCUCCUUGAGAUGUCUGCCCAAGCUGCACUAGAAUAGAAUGUGUCACAUCUCCUGGUGUCCUCCAGCCUGGCAGUCGCGCGCGUGCCCCCCCAACCCCCUGGUAAUUGGGGCAUGGCUGACAAAGCAAGUAGAGUUGAUAUAGAGUGGCCCUCUUUAAACCAAGCAGGGUAAAAACACAUUUGACUCAGCCGAGGUAGGGCCUCGUGUUGACCGUGGCAGCCCUUGGGUCCAGAGUGUGGGUAGACUGUCAGAGCAACCAGUGUCAUCAGGAGUGGAGUUUGCUAUUUCUUCAAGUAGCCAGAAAGGCCUCUGUGCUGCCUGCCUUGGCCCUCUGCUCCACGAGCUCCUUUGUGAGGGGCUCUCUAGCAGGAAAUAAAGUUUUGAGUCCAGGUGGUGCCUGUUAUUUUCUCCCUCUAUGCAGCCCCUUCAGUUUGUAAUUUCUUGAUGUCCUUGAGUAUCUCUGCCCCCAGGGACAGAUCUGGUUGCCAAUGCAUGUCUGAAUGUGUGUCCCAGGACUGGAGCUUAUGGAGAUGUCAGCAUCUCUAGGUAUAUCCUGCCCCAUGCCCAGACUAUGGGAAUUCCCUACCACUCCAUGUCUGUGAUCCCAGCUCUCCUGGAGGCAAGUGUGUAGAAACCCCUCCCAAAUUCCCUAUUGGGAAGAACUUGACAGUAGGAUUGGGAAUAGAACCUAGCAGACCAGAGCCCUGGACCUCCCCCUCACCCAGGAGUGCACAGUUGGGCUAAGUCAAGGGAAUUGGCAGCCCUUGGUCCUGCCACAUCUGUCAGUCAUGUCACUGAGCUCCUCACUCUCCAUACACCCUGCAGCACUCACCCACCUCUGGUCCUUUGCCUUCCACCUAUUGAAGUUGUGGCUGCCUUCUCACAGCCUGGCUUAAAGACUGUAUCUGGGGCUGGGGUGUAGCUUCAUGGUGAAGCACACCUAGCACAUACAAGGCCCUGGGUUUCAGCCCCAGCACCAAAAAAGAAAAGAAAAAAGUUUUUUUGAGUACUUACUGCAUACUAGAUCUUGUAAUAAAGUUCUGUGUUAUUUAACCUCACUGUGGUCCCCAUUUUACAGAUGAAGAAAUGAACACAGACGAGAUCAUAGAGUAGGAAGAGUGGAACCAUGGUUCAAACCCAGCAGCCUGGCUAUAGAGCACCCACCUGGCCCAUCCUAGAAGGUGG